AUGUCAAAAAAGGCGCGUGCCCCGCCGCCACCGGAGCAGGCCGUCGCCGCUCCGAUUGCGUUUGACUGCUCCUACAUGGUUUGCCUGCGCUCUGCGGAUGGACGCCUGUUCCUGGUGGAUCGCAACUGCGCCAUGGUGAGUGCCGUGAUUCGGAGUGCCAUGUGGAAGGGGCGGCGCGGCAGCGACAGCGUCGGCGCCAAUGGCGUCACAACUCUCCCAUACACAUGUGUGAUGACAACCAUUGGGACCGAGAGCUACGAGACGAUCGCAGUGGAUGAGGUGGGCGGCGAUCUGCUGGAGCUCGCGCUGGAGGCGAUGUACUUUAAGUACCGCUACGACGGCGACCCCGAGCGGCGUCCACUGGAGCCGCAACACACCCCAGAGGAGCGGCACAGGCUGGCGGCCCUGAGUGUGUUGCUGGAUAUGUAG